AUGUUCUGGAACUGUAGAGGAGCUGCUAGCAAGGCUUUUUAUAGGUAUUGCAAGCAGUAUAUUGAUAACUAUAAACCGAGUGUGUUUAUUGUUGUUGAGACGAGAUGCAAUCCGGGAAAGCUGAAAGAUCCUUUUAAGAAACUGGGCUUUGACGCUAUGGAGGCCAGUGAUAAUAUCGGAUUUGCAGGGGGCAUUGUUAUAGCUUGGAAAACAAAGGAAAUUAAUAUUAAUGUGAACAUUAAGGAUAGACAGUUUAUUCACGUGAAGGUGAACAUGGAGCAUGGAGGAGUGAGAAAAAGAGGAGGUUUGCCAGCUUCAGUGACUAGAUGCGAAAAAAUGAGGAAGAGAAUGGAUGAUUGUCAGGUCUCAGAUAUGGAGACGCGUGGACCUUUGUUUACUGGGAGAGGCUCGAUAUUCCAUGGAGGUCAAAGAAUCUAUGAAAAAUUAGAUAGAGGUUUGAGUAAUGAUGAGUGGAACUUUCAUUUUCCGGAAGCUUACGUUAAAGUGUUGCCGAGAGUGGAUUUUUCAGAUCAUCACCCCAUCCUUGUUGAGCCUUUUGGGGACUUUUUUCUUAGUCAAAAGCGGCCCUUUAGAUUCGAGAGUGUGUGGAUGUUGAAUGAGACUUAUAAGAGUAUGCUGCAGGAGGCGUGGCAAGAAGAGCAAUCUAUCCUUGUCAAUCUUGGAAAUGUAACGCGUGGGAUUGAUAAGUGGAAGUUUGACUCCUUUGAUAAAAUUAAACAUAUGAAAAAGGUGUUGAUGAGGAGGCUGGAAGGGGUUCAGAGGAAAUUGCAAGCUAGAGACAAUUAUGGUGGCAUGAGAAGGUUAGAGAAGCAGAUCCAACAGGAGCUUAGUGAUAUUCUUAAUAAGGAGGAGAUCAUGUGGUUCCAACGAUCAAGGACAAAGUGGUUAUCAGAUGGAGACAGAAAUACUAGUUACUACCAUAUGAAAACAGUCAAUAGAAGAAGGAGGAACAAGAUUUUGAUGCUUAAGGAUGAAGGUGGGAACUGGAUUGGUGAUCAAGAAACCCUAAAGGCUCAUGUCAUUGAUUUCUAUAAGAAGCUCUUUACUUGUAAUAAGAGUUUGUGUAAUUGGAGCCCGUCGCAUGCGAGUUAUCCGAGGAUUGAUGAGAAGAAGCUGGAGAGCCUGAAGGAUGAUAUCAAUGAGGCAAAAGUGAAGCGGGCUUAA